CUCACCAUUGAUUGACUUUUCAUGCCUCCGGCGCUUCUCCGACGCGCAGUUCCAUGUUAACACGCGGGCGCCCGUGUCUGCAAAGACGUAGUCUGUCUACGGUCUUGGACAAUGUCGCAGCGGGGCCCGAAAGACCGCUUCUUUUCCUCUACCCUCGCUGGUUCUCACCCGUGCGGCACCGGCCUGUUUCCUCGUUUCCAAUAACCUCGGCUUGCUUGAAUCGAAUAUACUACUGUGCCGGCCGAACGAUCCCUCGCUCCUUCGGAACUUCGUCUAGACGAUCCGUCAAUUCCUUUGCUGAGGACGCCGUUCCUUCUACACCAUUAUCCGAUCGAUCCCACGACCCCGUUCCAGAACGUGAACGCCAGCAGAAGAAACCGGAGGGACAUGAUGAGGCGACGAAGCAGAAAUCACAUAGACACGCCCCAUUGCCUCGCUCUAGGGACACAACACUCGGCGAGUCAGACGUCUGGGGGCUAUCCAGUCCAGGAAGGGAACGUCAUCUCACCAACGCUAUGUCCGCGUCUCGACCGAGCCGAUCCCGAGGCCGAAAGCAAUCGGAAGCAAUUGUAAAAAAGCUUUCGUUGGAGGACCGCAAGAAGCUGAGGAGUCGAAAGUUCCUCAAUGACCAAUUUGAAGAAAAACACCACGAGCGGAAAUCAGCCUACGACGAGACAAGAAGAUGGGUCUGGAUCAGAGAAUUGUUGAUAAACAUGGAGGAGAAAAUGUUGUCGGAGCCCCCCAGAAGGGGCUUCAUGCACAAGGAACUGCUUUUAGCAGAAGAAACACUUGCGUUGAUGACGGGCGUGACUGAGACGUCGGAAAAUAUCUGGAUCGUGCCGAUCCACCAUGGGUGCAAGAUCCAUGCGCUGGAUUCGUCCAAGAGCAAAGGCCACCUCCGCAGAGUCAUUGUGUCGGGCUCGGAGCGGGUCGUCGAGGUUGUCUGCGACCGCAUCAUGGAGGCGAAGAGGAAGCAGAUGGAGUGUGAUCCUCUGAUUGAAAUACCAUUGUCGCCCGUGCCAAUCAUCCCGCGCCGGGAUGCAACGGAGGGCACUGAGGACGAACCGACGCUGGUUCGAGCUGAAUGGGACUUUGACUCGCCCUCCUACACCCCCACCAGGCUGGACAAGCUCUUGGAGUGCCGUCCGGAUUUUACGACCGUCCGCGAGUUUACUGAGCACGUGACUGAUUUGACACUCUCGCUGCCUGCAUUCAAGACUCGAAAGAAACUUGGCCGGGAAGAGCCUCGCCCGCCUGAUCAUCCGACGGAAGUGACCCGGCAGCUCGUCUCGCUGUUCGAGGACAAGGAGUAUCACAGCCUACUGUCGACGGGCGCGUUGAAUACGGCACUCUCAUAUCUCUUGCGCCACGAGCAGUUGAAAGCAGUCCGUUCCAUCUUCACACAAGGCGAGCACCUCGUAACAGUCGAUACCUUCAACAUUCUUCUCGGCGCGAUGGCCAGGAGGCAGGACCUCCACUACUUUGGUAUAUAUUUGCAGCACAUGGGCCGAUUGCAGAUCCGGCCCAAUUCCAGCACGUGGAUUGCCUUCUUUAACUGUCUUGUCGCCCCGGAGGCCAAGGCCGCUCUAGCCACCUACUUGCUGAUGCGGGGCCACUUGAAGACACCCCAGGCUAUGGGUCAAGUGGUUCGAGGGACGGUCCAGAAUACGUUUCGGAAGCAUCUGGAAAGCGGCCAGAGCGUAAAUUCCUACGUGCAGAGGACGGAAACCGCGUGCGGGAACCAGUUCAAUGGGUCGCUCAUCGCCUCGAUGUUCGGUGUGAUCAACCAACUAAAGAACUUCGAGGCCGCGAAGGAGCUGUUUGAGCUCUGCAUGCAGCGGGGCUUUACCCUCAAUAGCCACUCACACCACCAGCUUCUCGGCCUAUGGCGAAGUAAUAUCUUGGACCCUGUCCAGUAUCUAAUUCGGGCACCGCCCCAUCCUUUGCAUUUCACUAACUAUCUGUUCGGGCGGCUCUUCCUCACCGCCUACUCGGCCCGUUACUACAACAUCUGCCGCGUGGCGUGGCUGUAUGCAUGCAUGAGUGGGAAGGUGACCCCCGACAUGAGGCAGACGCUUAUCUUCUCCCUGACACGAAACCUAGCCAACAAGGACAAUGCGAGGCAUGUGUCAGUUGCGCAUUGGAAAUUCACUUCUGGCAGGGCCAUCGUGGGAAUCGAUGCACAUGAAUCCAAAUACACGUUGAACCAGGAUCUGGUCGCUCGUCUCCCUCCGGAGUACCACAACGACCCACUGAUGUAUCUGAGCCGGGGAUUCGAACCUUAUGAGAAAAAGGAGCGGACUCUCCAGCAACUUCUCGCCCGUGAGAUCAUCUACUACGACAUGGCGGUGGGCCGAAAGCGUGUCCCCGAAGUCCCCCUGUCGAUCAUGCUGGAUGCCGCCUGUAAGCUGGAUGCUGCCUGGGAGGCCAAACCAUACCCGCUCCCCUGGGUGAUGAAUAAUGCCAUUCAUGUGCCGGUGCGGGAGAAGGAAUCCAUGUUUUCAGAUGAGUUCUGA